AUCAUAAUCAAUGUUUUUUUCGCUUGUUGUUGAAUUAAUGUUUUUUGUUCGAAAAUUCAUCAUCAUUAAUAUAAUUAAAUUAUCAAAUUUAAAAUAAAUGGCUGCCGGCCUUUAUGAUAUUACGAAUGAUGUAUUGGGUAAAGGUCAUUUUGCAAUUGUAAAACUUGCUAGACAUUGUUUAACUGGUGAACAUGUAGCUAUAAAAAUUGUUGAUAAAAUUAAACUUACAAAAGAAGGUUUAGAACAAUUAAGUAGUGAAAUAAAGUUAUGGUCAAUAUUAUCUCGAAAUGAACAUCCAAAUGUUGUAAAACUUUAUCAAUGUAUUGAUACAAGAACUAAACUUUAUCUAGUCAUGGAAUAUUGUGGAAACAAUGUUUGUGAUCUAUAUGAUUAUAUACAAAAAAAGAAUGAUGGUGAUGGUUUAGAUUCGAUGGAAGCUAAACAUAUUUUCAAACAGAUUUGUAAGGCAAUUUACUAUUGUCAUUCACUGAAAAUUGUUCAUCGUGAUCUCAAACCAGAAAAUAUACUUAUAAUCAAUAAUCGACAACUACAACAACAACCGAAAAGUGAUAUUUUAGUUAAAUUGAUUGAUUUUGGAUUUUCAAAUCAAUGGUGUGAAGAUGAAUUACUUCGUACUUCUUGUGGUUCGUUAGCUUAUUCUGCACCGGAAAUUUUAUUAGGUAAUCAAUAUGAUGGUCCAAAAGUUGAUAUUUGGGCAUUAGGCUGUAUACUUUAUAUUCUUCUUUAUGGUCAUAAUCCUUUUAUGCAAUUUAAUGAUAAUGAAACAUUAAUCAAGAUUUUAGACUGUUCAUUUACUACACCGGAAAAACCAUCAGUAAAUGAAUUAUCGAUUGAUUUGAUAAGAAGUUUAUUGAAAAAAGAUCCAAAUAUGCGUUUAUCAAUUGAUCAGAUUCUUAAUCAUCCAUGGUUGAAUGAACAAGAAGAUUUAUCAACAACAACAACCACAUUACCAACAACAAUCGAUUUGACUGCAAUGAAAAAAGAACAACAACAGAUAAAAAUUGGCAAUAAAAAUCAUGUUAAUGAUUAUAUUAUUGAUCAAAUGAUUAAUCAAGGAAUCAGUAUUUCAAAAGAUCAGAUAAAAAAAAUUCUACAUAAUGAACAUAUUGUUGAAACAAUUGAAUCAUCAACAACAGAUAAGGAUAAUAAUUCCCCAUCUAUGGAAUAUAGUGUUAAUGAUCAUCAUUAUAUUAAAGCAACAUAUCAUUUAUUAAAAGAUAAAUCAACAAGAGAAUUGAUUAAAGAAGAAGGACAAACAAAUUCGGAUUUUGGCAAUAAUAAUAAAUUUCGUCAAAAUAAACGUGGAAAUAUUGUUACAACAACAACAACAGGAAGAAGAAGACGUGAUUUUAUACGAAGUGAUUCUCAUACUGUAACUACUACUACUACCACAGGGUUAACAAAAGAUAAUAAUUUAGAUAAGAAAAAAAAUAAUUUUUUACCAUUAUCAUUACCAUCGGAACAUACACAAAGUCUGAUAAAUUUAGAGCUACCACAAAAUUCAACAACAUCAUAUGUUCUACCAUUGGCAAGGAAAUGUUCAAUAGUUUCCGAAGAAGGUAGUAUUUGUGCUGAAAAUAAUAGUCUUCAAGAUAGCAAUAGCCUGACAUGUUUUGAUUCAAAAAUUCAAGAAUCUUCUUCAUUUGAUGAUGGUGAUAAUGUUGAUAAUGGUGGUGAUAAUCGUCAGAAAAAGCAUUUAAUCGAUAUAUUUGUAACCGAUUCAUCAACCACAAAUAUUGAUAACCAAAAAAUAAUAAAUCCAUCCGAAAAUUGUGAUAAUCAAUCAAUGAACGUAAUAUCGAUUGUUUCAGAUUUACAUCCAAAUCAUAAAAAAGAAUCAAUAUUACAUCCUGUAUCAAGUUCACCGGAUUUUUUAAAAUCAACUGAUAAUGAUGAUAAUAUUAUUGAUUCGAAUAAUUUUGGUUUAAACGAAACAAAUAAUGAAAAAUCAUUAUUCGAAUGUUUAGGUAGCAAUAAUAUUGAUAAGCAAAAAAUUAUCACCAAUGUUCGAACAAAACAAUCAUCAGUAACGACGAAUAAAUUUGAUUGUCCACCAUCAAUAACAACUACUAAUACAAAUCAAUCACCAUCAAUGAGAGUGAUUAUACAAUCAAAAUCUUUGAAUAAUAUUGCUUUCAUUGAACAUCAUCAUGAUGAAGGUAAUAAUGAUAAUGAUGAUUCGAAUAAUGUUGAUACAAAAUAUUCUCAUCAUCAUCAUCAUCCUCAUCAUUGUAAUAAUGAUAAUAAUGAUUCGAAUACCGUUGAUACAAAAUAUUCUCAUCAUCAUCAUCAUCCCCAUCAUUAUCACCAUUAUUCACAAAAUAAUACAUCAAAAAUGACAAAUUCAAUGUCGACUGUUAAUAUUAAACAAAUUAAUCAUCACAAUAACAACAGCAAUAAUAGUGGUAAUAAUCGUACGGAAAAAAAUGAUUGCUGUAGAAUAGAUUAG